GAGAGUGUAGCUGAUGAUUCGCGCCAAAACUCCAGCCGCAGUUGCUGAUAAAGUUCGCGAGAAAAACCAUGUCCAGAAGUGCUGUGAUUGUUUUCCUAUUCCUGUGCAUUAUUCACGAGUUCAGUGGGCAUCCCGUUGAAAAUUCCCUGGAUUCAGCAGAACCUCUUGGGAAAUCCCACUUAAAUCGUGAACAUCGACGCCCACAGGUUCUGUCUCUCAAUGCAAUAAGUGAUCAUGAGAAAAACCAGCACAUUGAGUAUCACAAGAAUCGCUUCCGGGACGAGAGGAAGCGCCAGAGAAGCGAUGUGAGGCAGAAGAGGCAGUUUGAUUUUGUGCUUGGAGCUGAGCACGAGGAGAAUGUUGGGACUGAUGUUUCGGCAGAAUUAAUUGGGAAUCUGUGGAAGAAUGAAGAUGCUUCGACGCGUCUGGAUGGUUCUGCAACCUACAAUCGUCACUUUGGGGUCCAUGGGAAUCCCACGGAUCGAGAUUUUUCAAUAAAGUUGACACUGUCGUUCUUGUAAAAUAAAUGUGCUGGGAUUUAGAGACAAAUAAAAUAGCGCAGUUUACAAUGGAA